UCUCCUUUUCAACGUGCUUCCUUUCAAUGAGAAUCCAACAUGGCAGCUUGCAGCAUUGAAGAUGUGCUCGCCAAAGCAGAGAGAGAUGAGGCUGAAAAACUUAAAAGUAUUUCUGUCCACAAAGAAUUGGAGCUCGAAUUUGAUACAGGGAACCUGUUCGCUUUCGAUAAAAACCCUCCGGACACCCGAGAGUUCAAAAAACAGAACAAAGAUGAGUUCCUGCGCUCGCUGGCUCGGGACAACACGCAGCUGCUCAUCAAUGAGCUGUGGAAACUGCCAACCGAGAGGGUCGAGGAGGUGAUUGUGGCUAAACUACCCGAGCCCACUACCCGCCUGCCGAGAGAGAAACCUGUGCCUAAGCCCAGGCCUUCUACCAAGUGGGAGGAAUUCGCCAAACUAAAAGGGAUCCAAAAGAAAAAGAAAACCAACUUGGUGUGGGACGACGUGCACAAGGAGUGGAAAAGACGAUGGGGCUACAAGCGAGCCAAUGAUGAUACCAAAGAGUGGCUGAUCGAGGUGCCAGAGACUGCCGACCCGAAUGAGGACCAGUUCAGCAAACGCAUCAAAGCCAAGAAGGAAAGGGUGGCAAAAAAUGAACUGAACCGACUACGAAACAUCGCCAGGGGGCAAAAGAUUAAGGUGCCCGGCGUGGGACUUGCACCUACCGACCAACAGUCAAAAACAGAGCUGGGCAAAGCUAUUCAUGUUGCUAAACACUCCACGGCCUCCGUGGGUAAAUUUCAAGGCAACCUUCCCAAGGAGAAAGCGCCCAAGAAUAUGGGCAAGAAGAGGCAGUUUCAGCCGCUCAUAGGCGAUUUCUCUGUCGAGAAACAGAAGCAGCUGGACAUGUUAAACAUCAUGGACAGCAAGAAGCCCAGAAUUGACAUCACCAAAGCGGUGAACAAACAGAUGAGAGAAGAGGAUCGGCAGUCCGGGUUUCAGAAGAGAAAGUCACCCGGUAAAAAGGGACGUAAGGGUAACUUCUCGGGGAAAGGAACGGCCAAGGGGAAGGGUAAAAAAGGAGGACCAGGGGGAGGCAGUGGCGGCGGCAAAAAUAGAAAACCACGUAUGAAGCAAGGAAAACGAUAAAAAGAAAACAAAACAACCCGUUAACAACCGUUUACCUGUGAUAGGACAUUGUUGUCACUUCGUGUGGUAACUUGGGUCAUUGUUUUGGGGUUUGUCAGCUUGUCAGACCUUGUAAUAAUACUAUGAAAUACAUAGUCUUGACUUGGUCAGUCCCUUGUGCCUUUCUCGGUCGUGCUGAUUCAUUUAACAGUACGCAAUCUUACCAUGUUGUACUUUUAUAAAUAAAAGAUCAAAACGAACUCUGUAUUUAAUGACAAUGUUAGACUCUUUCAGUGAGUGUUCUUCUGAGUGCACUGCAGGAUUUGAAGUUUUACAAUAUGCUUUUUUAAAAGUUUUCCUAUCGACAUCCUAUUUAAUUGAAACCUCUUGAUGAACUUUGAGUCCAAGUACCGUAUUUGUACACAGCCCUGGAAAUACUAGUACUGUUAACCAUUACAUAUCUUCCCUUUUUUUGUAUGUUCAUAAAUAAAUUAUAUUGUAAUUUGCUUUCAAAUUUCGCAUUUAUGAAUUGGUUUCUCCCCCAUUAAAAUAUUUCCUAGGGUCGUUUAUGACUUGAUCAUACCUGCUUUAUUUACACUACAGCACGUAGCUUGCUAGCCAGAUAUAUGCUGCAUUUGUACAUUCGUUACACGUUUGUGCGUAAAAAUCAUUUAGUUAUUGUGUUGUGCCUAAUACAUAACAUUUAAGCUAAAGGUCAUGAAAAAUACAAUUUUUAAAUACAAAGAGGAAGAACACAAAAUAUUUCACAUGUUUGACGGGGUUUUAGUAUUAACAAUUCCAGUACACGUUUAUUUAAAAAUAAAAUAGCAUACAUCUUCAAUUGUAUACUUUAUAAAAUAGUUCUAUCAUUUUUUUUCCAACAUGUGUCCAAGAUGUAUUUGUGCAAUAGGUCACAGUGACCUAGAGUAUGAUCCCUGAAGAACUCUAGGUACAGUAAAAUCAAAUUGUGACAUGAACCAAUUUAUGUGUGCUGGUAUUGCUUAAAACCACAGGUUAACAUGUAAUGCACAACAAUAAAUAAUGACGAAAUAGUGACCAUA